CCUCACACUUCUGCGCUUCUAGCUACCUCCCACAAAGAACAUUGCUUUAAUGUUCAAUUGCCCACUGAAAAAUGACUUGCAAGUUUCAUUCCAGUUUUUGAUACCCAUCUUCAAGCAUGACUGCAAAAAGAAAUGCAAGCGUAUAUCAUCCACAGGAUCAUUGAUAUCCUUUCAGAAAGGCCUAUUUGUAUUCUCAGAAAUGAUGAGCAUUAUUAUGAGUCGUAGUGGAGAAUUAGUUUCCGCACUGUUUCCCCUAAUUCAACAUCAUGGAAGCAGCAUUGAAACUGAACCUCCAGGACUGCGACCCUCGUAUUAUCAUCUACUUCCAAGUAGGAGAGGACCAUCGCCUAUAAUGCCACUUCCAUUGCCCAUGCUUUCACCUGUCGUUGGUGAAUCAAAGUCUGGGACUUUGGGAAAUGGGAUACCAAGGUGUGGGACUGCAAGAAGUGGUGAAACCAAAUGUGUGGUUUAAAUCUAAUAUGAGCUACUCGCCUAUUCCCAAUUUAUUUUAGGUUAGAUGCUCAUGUUGGUUUAAGCCCACAUUUCUUUAACAGAUCAAUUUCCCCGCUUGCUACUCCUGCUGCCUAAUCUAGUGGGCGAAGUUCAUCCCAAAAAAAAUGGGUGUCCCAUUUUCAUGUAGAUGAUAAUAAAAGCCCUGUGAAGAG